CACAGAGACUAUCAGAAGCUUGGAUCUCACUACAGUAUGUCUGAACUGGAGCUUUACCUGGACCUGUUCUCCCAGCCCUGCAGAUCUGUUUAUCUCUUUGCAAAAGCUAACAAAAUCCCAUUUAAGCACCAUGAGAUGAAGCUGUUUAAAGGUGAUCAUCUCUCUGAAGAGUUUAAAAAAAUAAAUCCAUUUCAUAAAGUUCCAGUCCUCAAAGAUGGAGACUUCACACUUGUUGAGAGUACGGCCAUUCUCCGUUACCUGGUACAAAAAUGUAACACCCCUGACCACUGGUAUCCAUCCAACCUUCAGAAACGUGCACGCAUUGAUGAAUAUUUGGCUUGGCAGCACACCAACACACGUCCUCAUGGCUGUAGAGUUUUCUGGAUUAAGUGUAUGACUCCAGCUAUUAUGGGUCAUGAAGCAGCACCAGAAACACUUGACUACGUCCUUUCGGAGUUCAAAGACAUCUUGACACAGCUUGAGGAGAAAUUCUUGCACGGAAGACCAUUUCUGGCCGGUGAUGAAAUAUCACUGGCAGAUCUGGUGGCUAUUGUGGAAAUCAUGCAGGUAAUUGCAAGUGGAGUACCCAUUUUUGAAGAAAGACCAACGCUUGAAGCAUGGAAACAGAGAGUUGAGGAUGCUCUGGGGCCAGAGCUCUUCAGAGAGGCUCAUGAGGACAUCCUAAAUGCCAGGGAACGACAGCUUAAGUUCUUGACUCCUGAAGUUAAGGAGCAAUUCAAAGGCAGACUUCUCCUGUUUUCGAACUGUGGAAUGUGGUUGUGCUAAAGCCUUCCUAAAUGCAAUCUAUCUAAUCAGAGAAGGCUUAUAUAUACGCAUUUAAGCAAUUCUGCUUACAAAGUUUUUGUUGCAGUAUCUGUAGUUCAUGAAAUUUGAAACUAAUUUUACACCGUUUAUCCCAGUUUUUGUAUAGAAAGCAAUAUAAAAUAUUUACUCAUGCAAUUUGUUUGGUAAAAAUAACCAGGGUCUUACUGGCUCACCAAAGUGCCAGAGGAUCCUCUGAAGGGCCCAAGCUUUGACACAAUAAGGGGUCUUUUAUAAAACAGGGCCCCUUAUAAAGCAGAUCUACUAAGGUCAAGCAAAGCGCGGGCUUCCAGAAUAAUUUUCUCUAGUGGGCCUAAGGAAAUUCAGUCUAAUAAUAAAUAUAAUCCACUGCAAUUUUAGAUCUCAGUUGAAAAAUAAAACUUCAGAUUGUAGAAGACACAAGGGGAAUAUUUGUCUAUUCU